AUGGAAAAAAAGAUAGAGAUAAUAUCAAAACAGUUGAUUAAACCAGCAAUUUGUCAUGUUGAAUCCUUCAAUUUAUCUGCUAUAGAUCAGCUUGCCCCUCCUACUCAUUAUCCAAUUUUUCUAUACUAUCCAAAUGAUCAAGAAUCAACUAAUUUAUCAACUAGAUCCCUACAACUAAAAAGUUCCUUGUCUAAAAUUCUUGCUGAUUUUUAUCCAUUUGCCGGCAGAUUAAUCAAUAACAACAGUUCAAUCAGUUGCAAUAGUCAUAAAGAUGACGAUAUUGGAGUAUUGUUUAUUGAAGCUUUUGCACGUAACUACAACCUCCAAGAAAUUCUGUUAUGCAUUAACACAAGCAUCUUAGGACAAUUUGUCCCACAAAUGGAUUCACCAUUGAAAAAUCAUUUGCUUAUUGUUCAAGUCACAUUCUUUGAGUGUGGAGGCAUGAUUCUAGGUUGUUGGGUUUCUCACAAGUUGUCCGAUGCUACGUCUAUUUGCACUUUCAUCAAUAAUUGGGCAGCCACGGCUCGAGGUGCUAAUAAUUCGAAUUCUUUGACCCCUAAUUUUAAAAUAGGGGUCAAAGUCUUCCCACCAACCAAACAACCAUCGCGAUUGCCCUUCGCGAGUUUUGUUGGUGGUCAAGAGGAGCAAACCGUUACAAAGGUUUUCUCGUUUGAUGGGCCUAGCAUCGCGGAUCUCAAGUCUAAAGCUCUAAGUAAGGAUGUACCAGCCCCCACGCGUGUUGAAGCAGUGUCAGCUCUGAUAUGGAAAUGCGCUACUAGUACCACAUAUUCCCCUACAAGCUCAUUAUCCUAUUUAUCACAUGCGGUGAACUUGAGGAAAUGGUCUGUUCCAGCUUCAUUUCCCGACGAAAUCAUGGGAAAUUUCAUCGCGUUCUAUUGGGCGAAUAAAGGUGAAAACGACAAAGACUUGUCGAUAUUGGUGGCAAUACUAAGAAAAGGUUUAUCACAAUUCCAUAACACUUGUACUAGGAAUUUAAUCUCUAGCCCAAUUCUUGAAAAUUGGAAGAUGCAUGAAGAUUUGAUUACAAGAAGUGACAUAGAAUUGUAUGUUUUUAGUAGUUGGUGUGGGAUGCCAUUUUAUGAUGCAGAUUUUGGAUGGGGUAAACCUGUUUGGUUUAGCAUGAAGGAAUUUGUGUACAAGAAUAUCAUCAUACUGAUGGAUUCUAAAAAUGGUGGAAUAGAAGCUUGGAUUUGCUUGGAAGCAAAACACAUGGAACAAUUUGAACAACACCCUGAUUUACUAAAAUUUGCCAGCAUCAAAAAUUAAAAAUUUCAGAUCCAAAUGAGUUCGGAUCGGCUACAUGAAUCCUCGCUGGUCAUGUUCAAAUAUAUGUCUUACAACUUAUUUAGAUAAUUGUUACAUAUUGUUCAAUAAUGUAUCAUAUAUAUUAUAUUGUAUUGUAUUGUUUUGAUGAAUAAAACGUUUGAAUAAAUUGUCUCAUUUCUCGUUGUUGCAUAAUGUCACACAACAACUGAAGGAUAAACCUAUAAUAUUAUUAUAAAAAGAAAUAGGAUAUUGGGUAGAGCUAUUAUCAAAAAAAAAAAAUAGUAAUCAAAAACACACCUAAACAAUCACUUUUAUUCGCGAGUUUCAUACCUCAACUGUCCAUUAAUUUAU